AUGGCUGCUACCAAGGAAAAUCCCAUAAUCUUUUACGAUAUUCUAUCUGAGCAUGGUACUUGGUCCUGCAACACUUACAAGACAAGAUUGACCCUCAACUACAAACGCAUACCUUAUCGCGUUGAAUACCUAUCUUACCCGGACAUAGCUCCUAAACUGAAGGAGUUGGGUGUGCGAACAACAGACCCUGCCCCGUUCAUUGCCUACACAUUGCCAAUGAUAGCGGAUCCAUCGUCUGACCCAAAUGGCAAGCCAACCUACGUCGUCGAGUCAUUUGACAUCGCCGUGUACCUGGACAAAACUUACCCGGCUCCAAAGUACCCCGCGCUGUUCCCUCCAGGAACUCGUGCCGUCCAAAAAAUCACGAGUGAUCUAUUCAUGAACGAAGUAGGCUAUACGCUUUUGCCUGGCUUGGUCCCUCUCACAGCCCGCCCGGGUUUCCUCGACGAACGAGGCCGCCAAUAUUUCUUGAAGACGCGCGAACAAUAUAUGAAACUCAUUCCCGACGAUACCAGCAUCGGUUCCAAGUUUUGGGGUGACGCACACGAAAAGUGGAAAUGGUUCGGCGAAGUACUCGAUUUAAACGAAGAAGGGCCGUUUGUGACUGGGAAGCAAAUCUCAUUCACUGACUUUGCUGUUGGAGGGAUGAUAUUCUUCGUACGCACUGUUGAGGGAGGAGAGAUGCAGAGGUGGAAGGCAAUGGCCGAAUGGCAAGGGGGUCGAUGGGCUCGUCUUUGGGCUGAGAUUGAAAAAUUGGAGAAGGAAUCUACCGAAGUUGCUUGA